GGCUGACAGUUGGAGCCGCAGCCUGCCGGAGCCCCGGAGCUGUUUUCUAAGCCGUGCAAGAGAGAGAGACCCGGGGAUUUAUUCGCAGUUCCUCAGUGCCUGCCGUGUCCCGGGCCGGAUGCGCACGGACAUGGAGAGUGCCAGCCUCCAGCGACCCGCCUGGAAAUGGCAAGUACUGAGUUUGUUUUUGCUCUGCGGCUGGGGCCGGGGCUCCGGGCAGAUCCACUACUCGGUUGUUGAGGAGUCAGAGUUGGGAACCGUGGUGGGGAACGUGGCCCAGGACCUGGGCUUGAAGGUGGAGGAGCUGCCGGGUCGCAGGCUGCGCCUGGGCUCAGAGGAGAGCUUGCGCUACUUCGCCGUGCGCCUGGACAGCGGCGCGCUGGUGGUGAGCCAGCGGCUGGACCGCGAGCGUCUGUGCGGAGCAGCUGCCAGCUGCGUGCUGUCGGUGCAGGUGGUGACAGAGAACCCCCUGCAGCUCUUCCGCCUGGAAGUGGAGAUCCUGGAUCUGAAUGACAACUCCCCGAGCUUCCCCACCGCUCACCGCACCCUGCGCAUCGCCGAGUCUGCCACGGUGGCUGCGCGCUUCCCCCUGGAGAGCGCGCAGGACCCCGACGUGGGCACCAAUGCUGUGAGCUCCUACCGGCUGAGCCCCAACUCCCACUUCUCCCUGGAUGUCAAGCAGCAGCCGGAUGGCAAACUCUUCCCUGAGCUAGUGCUGGAGCGUGCCCUGGACCGGGAAGAGCAGCCGGAGGUGCAGCUGGUGCUGACGGCUGUGGACGGGGGAAGCCCAGCGCGCUCGGGCACGGCGCAGAUAACGGUCCAGGUCCUGGAUGUCAAUGACAACGCUCCCACCUUUGACCGUACCACGUACAAGGUGAAAGUCCCGGAGAACACACCUGUGGGGGCUGUGCUCCUCCGGGUCAAUGCGUCUGACCCCGAUGAGGGUCCCAAUGGGGAGACACAGUACUCCUUCGGGGUUCACACCUCCGACUCGGUGCGGAGGCUCUUUGCCCUGGAUCCCCGCUCCGGCGAGGUCCGGGUGAGUGGGGCCCUAGACUUUGAGGAAUCCCGUUUCUAUGAGAUCUAUGUGCGAGCCCAUGACGGAGGGGUCCCGGAGAUGGAGGGCAAUUGUGUUCUGCAGGUACAAGUGGAGGAUGCCAAUGACAACCCCCCAGAGGUGCUGCUCACUUCCCUGUUGAAUCCGGUGCCAGAAGACACCCCACCCGAGACUGUCGUGGGGCUCUUCAAUGUACGGGACCGAGACUCGGGGGCCAACGGGGAUGUGAGUUUGGAGAUCUCCCCUGAUGUGCCUUUUGCCAUCAGGUCCCUUCAGAACCACUUCUCCCUGGUCACCCAGAAGAGCCUGGACCGAGAGUCUACCUCACAGUACGCAGUGGAGCUGAUCGCCCAGGAUGGUGGUUCUCCUGCCCUCACCACCACGCUCACGCUGCUCCUCAAUAUAUCUGAUGUGAAUGACAACCCCCCACGCUUCUCGCAGCCCUCCUACGAUGCCUUUCUCCAGGAGAACAACCCGCCUGGCUCCCUGCUGUGCACCGUCUCUGCCUCAGAUCCUGACGAUGGGGAUAAUUCCCGGCUUGUUUACUCCAUAGAGAGUGGCCAAGUGCAGGAUGCACCCAUCUCUUCCUUUGUCCACAUCAACCCUGACAAUGGUAACCUCUACGCUCAGCGCACCUUUGACUUCGAGCUGCUGCAGGUUCUGCCAGUGUCUGUGGUCGUGAGGGACUCGGGGUCCCCCCCUCUCUAUGCCAAUGUUACCGUCUACAUCUUUGUGCUAGACCAGAAUGACCAUCCCCCCACCAUCCUGCACCCUGCCAGUGACAGCGAUGUGCCAGCACCCCAGAGGGUCCCACUGUCUGCCCCACCGGGCUACCUGGUGGCCAAGGUGACAGCAGUGGAUGCAGACGCUGGUCACAAUGCCUGGCUCUCGUACCGACUGUUGCCACAGUCCACCGACCCCUCCUUGUUCCACGUGUCGCUGUACACCGGGGAGGUGCGGACCGCGCGUGCCUUCCAGGACAGCGACAUGGCAGUGCAGCAGCUCCUUGUCCUGGUGACGGACAACGGUGACCCUCCGCUCUCCACCACUGCCACCAUCACUGUGGCCCUGGAGGAGGCAGACCUGGAGGAGAGCUUCAAGCCUCAGGAUUUCCUGGCUGGCGCCAAGGAGAAGCCGGACCUGACCUUCUACCUGAUCAUCGCUCUGGCAGCCAUUAGCACGGUGGCACUGGCCACCGUCACCCUCCUGGCCGCCCGGUGCCUCCGGCGCAGGGGCCGUGCCGCCGUCUCACCCUACUGCUGCUGCUGGCUCAGCGAGUCGCCCUCCCGGGACUUCUGCAAGCACUCCAGCCCCAAGCUCCAGCUCAGCUCCGACGGCACCCUUAAGUACAUGGAGGUCACGCUGCGACCCACCGACUCCCCUUCCCAGUGCUACAGCACCUGCUUCUCCCCCGGCUCCGAGCGGAGCGACUUCACCUUCCUGCGGCCCUGCCCAACCCCCGCCACCCUGCCGAGGGAAAGCGGGGCUUUCCUGCCCGCCGCCGGCACGCUGCGGGACCGCGGCCAGGUGAGCGGCGAUGCCGGGGCGGGUCCGGCGCUGCCGGGCGCUCCGACGGCGCGGUCCCCGCGGGGGGCGCGGAGCGGCCGCGCCGGUUCGCGGCGCGCGGCGGCGGCGCGCGGGCCGUGA